GCGGCGCGCGCCGGGGCCGGCAUGGCGUGGCCCUGCAUCAGCCGCCUGUGCUGCCUGGCGCGGCGCUGGAACCAGCUGGACCGCUCCGACGUGGCCGUGCCGCUCACCCUGCACGGCUACUCCGACCUCGAGAUCGAGGAGCCGGGCGCGGGGGGCGCCGCCUCGCGCAGGGGCCAGUCCGCCGCAGGCGACCGGGCCCCCGGCCGGGACGUGCCACUCACUCAGUACCAGAGGGACUUCGGCGUGUGGACGGCGCCCGCGGGGCCCAGGGACGCGCCGCAGGGGCGCGGGCCCCGGGCGGGCGGCCGCAGGGGCAGGCCCUCCGCGCCCCCUGCCCGUGGGGUCUACGUGCUGCCCGUCGGCGACGGGGACGCGGCUGCGGCGGCGACCACAUCGUACAGGCAAGAGUUCCAGGCUUGGACUGCAGUGAAACCCUCAAGAUCCACAAAGGCAAAACCAGCCAGAGUCAUCACUACCCACACUUCUGGAUGGGACGGCAGCCCUGGGGCCAGCUUCCAGGUCCCUGAGGUGAGGAAGAAGUUCACUCCUAACCCUUCAGCCAUCUUUCAGGCUUCGGCGCCCCGGAUUCUCAAUGUGUGACUGCCUGUGCCACGGCACCAUGGCUGCUGAGACAAAGUGCUGAGAGGCAUGCUCAGGACCCACUGGCACCGCGGCUGGGCUGAGACCAUGGCAUGGUCCCCUCCUGAGGGAAGGGCAUGACCCCUCUCAAAGCUGCUGUCACCAGGGCUGUAGAACAGAGGUGCAGAUGGACCUGUCACCAUCCAGCCCAGCUUGGCCUCAACCAUGCUCUUCUUCCUCAAGAAGUUUGUGGAAGGCUUCACAUGUUUUUAACUGCCAUCCGGCCAUCCUUGAGUUUUUAAGUCUGAGGAACUUAAGGAUCAAUUCAAUUGUGAAUGGAACUGGUGUCUGGGGGCUGAGGAAUGUGGACGUGUCAGGUCCUUGAAAGAACCAGUAAUGUCCACUUUGGGUGGUUUUCUCAGGAUGCAUGAUAAUUUUGUUAAUUUUAUAACCUAUGGUAAUCUAAGAUGAUAUCCUUGGAUCUUCCUACAAAUGGCCCCACAUGUUUAAGUUACAGAAGACAUCUUAGGUUAUCACCUGCACCAUGACUCGUGGUAAUGCUAAGUGACCAGGAUGAAAUUUCUAGAAGAAAUAGAAUAUCAACCAUAGGGCUUCAGCUACAAAGAUGUGUAAUUUCUUUAUGACCAAAAUGAUCCUCAUGUUUUAACAAAACAUUUCUUGGGAUUGAAUGAAGGACAUUUACCUUGUGGUAGGUCUCUAAAGACUGAAUCCCACAUUUUAUUAUUAAUACUAAUUAGUUUCCCUCCCUAACAUGGAUGACUAGGAAGGGCACUACCAUGCACACUGGGUAAGAACUGGGUGCAUUUUGGAGAAGGUGGCAUUGGGUUCAUUCCCUGAAAGACCUUAAAAUGUCAUCUGCACAACCCUCGCCCUCCCCUUCCCCCAUCACUUAGUGACCAGGGAUCUCCACCUGUUGAGGAGGCAGAGCGUUUUAUUAUCUUUGGAAAGCUCUCUCCUACCUUUCUCAACAAAUUCUAGCCAGUGUGGCUGCAUGGGACUAGCCUGGUCCCUUCCCUGCAUAGUAGCCCUUCAAACAAACAUUUAAAGGGUUUACAUCUCUUCUUAAAUAUUAGAGGCACAAGCUCGGGACAGGGACAGUUUGUGGUAAGGAAACUCCAGGAUUUCCUUUUGGAUUCUUCUUCCUCUCCAGCCCACAGGAGGCUCCUCUGAUGGGCAUUUAAGCCACAGGUGGAGGCACUCAGGUUUCAGAGCCCGGUCUCCAGCUCCGGCUGCCUAUGCAGCGUCCCCUCAGAGGUGCUAGCUCUGGCAGGCACAGCCCUUCCUCUCAUUCCAGCAAGGAAAUGCUCUGAUGAGACUCACUUUAAAGGGAAGCCAGAAGCACAGGCUUACACAGAGGGCUCCGUUAUUUCAGACUCACUGAGGGAGGCCUGCCUGCGGUUAGAUGUUUCUAAGAGAAAAGAGACUGCCUACUGGGCAUUCUGUGGGAAACGAACAGACUAACUGUACAAUCUCAGAUUUCACUAAAAUGCAAAAAUGUACUGUUUGAAUUUCUUAAUUUCUUUAAAUUAUAAGCACAAGAGACUUCUCAUACUUUUAUCCCAUCUCUUGGUGAUAAGGACUUUAAUGUAACAGGGCUGCUGCUGUGUCCCUUGGAGGCCUGUCAAUCCUGAGCACCCUCUCUGUGGGCUGCAGAGCACACCAGUGUUGUCCACAGAAACCACUAGGUGCUCCUUUCUCUUCACCCCUCUCCCACAUGCUCAUCCAGGAGCCUGGGGUAAACAGACUCUCUCUGAAGCUAGUUUCAGGCUCAAAUCCUGGUUUCUCCACUUACUAGCCGUAAGCAGUGUGAGCUUCCACUUCUUCAUCUGUAAAGUGAGGAUACUACAUCUACACCUGUUGGCUUACUACAGGCAUCUAUGUUUAUUUUAUGUGCAGGGUGCUCAGGACAGUAAAUAGCCAACAAAGCACAGCUGUCAGAAUUAUUCUUUCCUGCCUAAGCAACCCCUUCCCGCUUCCCCAGGGAGCCAGAUCUACUCCCAUCUGCAGCCCCUAACAUCCUCCAACUUGCUGCCCUGUGCUCAUGGCCACUCACCUCCCCUCUGCCCACUGCCACACUGUACGGCUCUUGGGAAGCCCACUCGUUCUUGUGCCAUAAUGGACCAGUCAGCUCUGCUGUACCUCAGCUAGGACAAGCCAAGCCUGCCGCCUCCUGGCAGUGUUGGUGGGGCAGCAGCAGGGGAAGCCCCACCACCUCAGCCAGGCCUGACGUCUGCAAGGCAAACUGCAUGCCUAAGACCCUUUGCAAUGCACCACGACAGCUUUUCACAAACAUCCCACCCAACUCGACAGUGUUCUUACCAGGCUUCGUUAUUUAUUAGAACAUCUGGGUUCCUAAGAAACUCCCUCCCACUCACUCUAGGUCUGAAUAAGGCCUAACACCAUGCUGAGUGAGUGACCCAAGAAGCAACAGAGACAAGCCUCAGGCACGUGGUCCCACCCCACAUACAUCUUACACGCAUAUAUGAUAUGCACAAAGACAGAAAUGCACUGGAAUAUUAACAGUGGUUCUCUUUGAAAAGGGGAUUAUAGUAGUUUUUAUUUUUUACACUUUAUACUUGCUAAAAUUUAUAUAAAAUAAGCAUUUUUGUAUUAAUUCUGUAAAAAAAGUUUUUAAAAAUAAAAAGCAGUUCAAUCUGUUAGCUAAUUUCAGCCAAAAUAAAGUGUACAACCUUAAUUAUCCCAUAACCAGUUACCUCUGCAGCAGUUGCCUCGCUCGGCCGUGGGGUGCACCACAAGGUUCAACAAGAGGAAAGCCCUCAGGUCCUUCCACACUCCCGGGCUUGCAGUCAUUCAGACCAAGCCAUUCAUCCCAUCUCUCCUGAUACAGAACUCUAGGCCUUCAGGCCAAAUAACAAGCAGCUUCAGAGGAAAGUUAGGCCCUGCUGGAUGGUGGCCCUACAGCCCGUGCCAGGCAGACGGAAGAGCGCCCCCCUCUGGACAGGGUCAAGAAGAGGCCCCAAAGCUGACUCUGUUGGUCCCCUUCAACCAAUAACACGGAGUCCUCAUUUAAAGUACUGUCUGCGAUAUGGAUCUGUCUGCUCUGCAGCUCCUGUCAAAACCCUGGCUGAGAUGAUUAACAUUCAUGAAGGCAAGCCUGAGCAUGCUCCGAUUCUCGUUCCUCCAGACUAUUCAAAUCUUUGACUUUCCCAAUUUUGAACCUAAGUGAAGUCUGGUCCCCAGAAAGCUACACACCUGAACUAUAUCACAAUGCCUCCCUGCCGAGAUUCUUGCGUUUAAAGAACCAAAGCU